GACACAGGCAACAGGCAACAAGUACACAAAAAAGUCCAUUUUAAUUUAAGAAGUUGAAUCGAGUCUCCACAGAAAAACCCAAGAAAAUGUUGAGCUUGAAGCGACUUAAUUCGAUCAGACCCACCAUUCACUCAGCAAUCCUCAAGAAGCUCAGCCCUCUUGCUGCUAAUCCCUCUCAAUGCUCUUCAAUUCGCUUCUUCGAUUUCUACCAGCUUGGCAACAAGGAGGCGAUCGAGAAAGAGCGAGCUAGGCUUGCAGAUGAGAUGAAUAGAGGUUACUUUGCUGAUAUUGCCGAGCUCAAGAAACACGGUGGCAAGAUUUCGGAGGCAAAUAAGAUUAUAAUCCCAGGAAUGGCAGCUGUGAAGUUUCCUGCCUUGGAUGUGACGUAUUCGGAUGGUACGAAGCUUUCGCUGCCAACCGUGUUUAAUGCUAAUGGAGUUGAUACUGGCAGUAUGACUAUGCCAAAGGCAUCCUUAAUGUGUCUUUCGUUCCGAGCUAGUUCACAGACAAUGGUAAAUACUUGGACCACGCCUUUUCUUGAUGCAUUCAGUGAUUCCAAGGCAGUUCAGUUAUAUGAGGUUUCCUUCAUAGACUCUUGGCUACUAACACGCAGUCCUAUAAAGAAAUUACUACUUCGUAUGAUGAGAAAACCUGACCCUAAAGAAAAGAAGGAUGUGCUGCAGAGACAGAUUGUUUAUUUCUUCGGUGACCAUUAUUACUUCAGAAAAGAACUUAAGAUAUUAAACCUUCUUACAGGGUAUAUAUUCUUGCUCGACAAAUUUGGUAGAAUACGGUGGCAAGGUUCAGGAAUUUCAUCUAAAGAAGAGUUGGCUUCCCUUUUGGCUUGCACAUCACUUCUAUUGGAAGAGAGUUGAGAUUGCACGGUCCAGUUUGACACAUUCCUUAUGUAAUAAUGAAGUCUAAAGAUUUUGCCUUGUUUCCAUUUUCAAAGGCCGUACAUUAGAUUCACGCUAUAGUCUAGUUUCUAAUUUGAUUUGAAUCUUGGAGGUAAUUUCCUUUUUGAUGUUGCGAGUACUGAGUACAGUGUACCCCAAAAUUUAGUCGUACUCCUUUGACACAAGGGCGUAGCUACUUAAGCUAAAGAGAGAAUUUUUGGCCCCUUUCA